AUGUUCCGUCCAUCCUCGAUCGCCCGUAUCUUUCGUCGCAGCUUUUCUUCUUCUGUAGAGCUAAAGAAAACACCUCUAUAUGAUCUCCAUGUAUCUCUCGGUGGUAAAAUGGUCCCAUUUGCUGGUUAUUCAAUGCCCGUGCAGUAUUCAGCCGGUGUCUUGCAAUCGCAUUUGCAUACUCGUGAACAGAAUAAAGCGUCCCUCUUUGAUGUUUCACACAUGGGACAGCUACGGAUCACGGGUAAAGACCGUUUGCAAUUCCUUGAAAAUGUCGUGGUUGGUGACCUCGAGGCACUUGAGAGUGGGGAAGCUAAGCUCAGUCUCAUUACGAAUGACAAGGGUGGUAUCAUUGAUGAUUGCGUUAUCAGUCGGUACGAUGAUCACGUGUACGUGGUCGUAAACGCCGGUAAUCAGGACAUUGAUCUAGUGCAUAUGCACAAGCUCCUUGAAAAUUUCAAAGGAGAUGCAGCCAUUGAACGUAUUCAAGACCGUGCCCUUGUAGCUCUACAAGGUCCUGGUGCUGUUGACGUGAUUGAGACACUUGGUCCUAAUGUGAACUUAAAAGACUUGGAGUUUAUGCAUGGAGUUUUCACUCCAUUAAAACUACAGCACGGUAAAAUCGUGGAUGUCAUUUUGACACGAUGUGGGUACACUGGAGAAGACGGGUUUGAAAUCUCAGUACUGAGCAAAGAUUCAGAGAUGUUUGCUCGUGCAUUAUUGCAGGAUGAACGGGUGCUGGAAUCAGGUCUAGGAGCUCGUGACAGUCUUCGUCUUGAAGCGGGAUUGUGUCUACAUGGCCAUGACAUUACAGCUGAAACGACGCCGAUUGAAGCAAUGCUAGCAUGGACAAUUGGUAAGCGGCGUCGGGAGGAAGGAGGGUUUCCUGGUCAUGCAGUCAUCAUGGACCAGUUGAAGAACAAGACGGCGACGAAAAAACGCGUUGGCUUUGUAGUCGAAGGAGCAGCGGCGCGUGAAGGUGCCAAGCUCUUUGAUGCGAACGAUAAGGUCGUCGGUCAUGUGACAAGUGGCACGUUCAGUCCCUCGCUCAAGAAGGCCAUUGGCAUGGCCUACGUGGACAAGAGCUCCGGUAAAUUUGGUACGGAGCUGCAUGUCAAGGCUCGUAACAAGACGCAAAAGGCCGUCAUCAGCAAGAUGCCCUUUGUGCCGGCCAACUACUACAAGAAAGAGUAG